AUGACGCUCCCGGCGAGCGCUAUUGAUCCGAGGGAGGAGGAGAAGGCGCGGAGAGUCAGUGCGGCCCAAGGACCAUUGCUCGACCAAUCCCACCUUCGACCAGGAAAAUCCGCCUCUCUGCUCACGCACGACCGGACACUCGAGCUCUACCGCGAGAACGCCAAAAAGACCAACGAUCCGGAACUCAUGUUUGAGUUUUCAGUCUUCAUGAUUGACGCCGCCAAGUCUAUGGUGCCGGACGGCGCCGAGACCGCCCCUCCCUCACCUACCGUCCCCGGCGCGCCCGUCGCGCCUCGCGUCAAUCCCAACGUCCUCCUGGAGAAGCGGGACGAGCUGUACCGGGAAGCUACGGGCCUUCUCAAGAAGCUGGCGGAUAAGGGGUACCCGGACGCCCAGUAUUUCCUAGCAGACUGCUAUGCGAAUGGGAUCGGGACGGUACGGAGCCGUCAAGAUUUUGAUCGGGCGUUCCCAUUGUUUGUGUUGGCGGCGAAGCAUGGGCACCCGGAUGCGUGUUAUAGGGCGGGAACGUGCUGUGAGAAUGGGUGGGGAUGUAGACGGGAGAAUGCCAAGGCUAUACAAUUCUUCAAAAAAGCGGCAGUCGCACUCCACCCAGGCGCCAUGUACCGACUCGGCACCGCCGAGCUAAACGGUCAGCUCGGCCUCACCCGAUCCGCCAAGGAAGGGUACAAAUGGCUCAAGCGGUCCGCCGAACACGCGACCGAAGAGUUUCCGCAUGCCCUGCACGAGCUCGCGCUGCUGCAUGAAAAGGGCAUAGAUAAUGUCGUUUUUGUGGAUUACGAGUAUGCGGCCGAGCUCCUCGCGCAGGCGAGCGAGCUGGGAUACGCGCCGAGCGCGUUCAAGCUGGGGGAGUGCUACGAGUAUGGGAAGAUGGAUUGUCCGGUGGAUCCGGCGUUGAGUAUACAUUACUAUAAUAUCGCCGCGACGCAAAACCACCCCGACGCGUGCUUUGCUCUGACGGCGUGGUAUCUCGUCGGCUCGCCGGGCGUGCUUCCGCAGUCGGAUACCGAGGCGUACCUAUGGGCCAAGAAGGCUGCCGAGGCGGGGUUGGCAAAGGCGCAGUAUGCCGUUGGAUACUUUACCGAGACUGGAAUAGGAGCCGACGCAGAUCUCAAAACAGCCAUGGAAUGGUACAAGAAGGCAGCGGAUGCCGGGGAUAAACGCGCCACGAAGCGGAUACAGACCGGAUCGAGGAGUGCGGCGCUGGAUAGACGGUUGGAGGUGGAGGCGAUGAAGGAUGAGAAUUUGAAGGCGGGCAAGGAUGGGAAGGAUGGGUGUGUGAUUAUGUAG